AUGGCCAAAGAGGCCAAGCCUAAGGAAGUGCAUGCUACUGAGGAAUUGAAGAAAGAAAAGGAUGAAGUAGAGGCUAUAAGCAUGUUGUUACAUGCCCCAUUGGUGUCACAGGAGCCUGAAGUACCACACCCUCAGAAGGUUCUAAAAGAGACCAAGGAUGAGCAGUUCACUGAAUUCUUGGAAAUCUUUAAAAAGUUACACAUUAAUAUUCCUUUUGCUGAAGUAUUGGAGAAGAUGCCUCCCUAUAUGGCCUUCAUGAAAAGCCUACUAUCUGAGAAGAAGAGGAAGCUACUCAAGAAGAUGCCAGACCCUGGAAGCUUCCUAAUUCCUUGUACGAUUGGGAAUAUUACUUUUGAGAAAGAACUGUGUGACCUUGGUUCAAGCAUAAAUCUGAUGCCUCUAUCCAUAAUGAAGAAGCUAAGAAUCCAAGAAGCACAGAUAACAAGGAUAACCCUGCAAAUGGCUAACAAGUCUCUAAGGCAAGUAUAUGGGCUAUUGGAGAACGUAUUGGUCAAGGUUAGAGAGCUAUUCCUCUUGGCAGAUUUUGUAAUACAUAACAUGGGAGAAGAUACAGAUGACUCCAUCAUCCUAGGAAGGCCAUUCCUAGCCACUGGAAGGUCUCUCGUUGAUUUUAAGAGCGGUGAAUUGGUGCUGAGGUUACAUGAGGAUUGGAUGGUUUUCAAGGUUUUCAAACCUUAG